AUGAAUUAAUAUCAAAAAACAAUUUAAUGUUACGACUUAUCUAUAUUGAUUAAUCCAAAAUAUGACUCAGCUUUUAAUGGCAAAGGUAAUAACUUGUUAAAUAUAAAUACUUAGGCAAUGCAAUAAGAAAUUUUAAUCAAUUUCAAAAAGCAAUUCAAUGCUAUUACAAAGCUAUUUCUAUUAAUUAAAAAAAUGAUUCUACAUGGUUUGGUAAGGGUAAUAAAAUCUUAAAUGGUAAUAUUUAGGGUUAGUAUUAUAUAAAUUGAAAUAAUAUGAGGAAGCAAUAUAAUGUUACAAUGAAGCAAUUACUAUUAAUCCUUAAUAUGAUACUGCUUGGAAUAACAAAGGUAAUUAAUUGUUUAAUAUUAUUAUUUAGGAUUGGCAUUAUAUAAAUUAAAUCAAUAUCAAGAAGCAAUUAUAUGUUACAAUGCAGCAAUUUCUCUUUACCCUAAUUAUUCUCCUGCAUACUAUAACAAGGGUAAAUAACUAUUAAAUAUUAAUAAUUCAGGAAAUGUGUUAAAAAAUUUGAAAAAAUACCAAGAAGAAUUGAAUGUUAUAAUUUUGCAAUUACUAUUAACCCUAAAAGGAUUUAACAUUUGAAAAUUAAGGUAAAUAUUUAUUUUUAGGUUUAACCCUACAACACACAUUAUAAAAAUUUAUGGAUGCACUUUCAAAUUUCGAACAAGCUCUUUAAAUUAAAAAUAAUGCUCUUAGAUUUAAAUUUAAAGGUAAAUUUUAUGUAGUUGAAUUAAGUGGAUUCACUAUUUGAAUUACGCAGAAAAUAAGAAGCGAAAUACUUUUAUUUGGCUGCAUAAGGACUGGGAUUGGGUCAGAAUGCUUAUAUUCAAAGUUAAUUGUCAAAAUUAUGA